AUGCUGCUGCUAUUAUUGGCAUUUGUCGCCUUCGUGCAUUCGUCAAACUACGACCGAAAGGCGGCGAUUGUACACGGCGGUCUGAAACGGUUCCGUUGCGUGGAAGAGUGGAUUCCGGUAGAUCCGUUUGGAAACCUACUCGAAGCAAACGCGCGUGAAACUGGCUCAACAAGGGCUCGCUAUGAAGCUGCAACAGCUCCUUCCACCCUUCUCAAUACAUAUAUACAAUCACAAGCAAAUGGAGUCGACCUUACGGUCGGAAGUUCUGCGCCAAAAAUGACCCGGGCGUCAACAAUCGGGCCAUUUGAGCGCGAAUUGCUCGAAACACUGGAAGAAGAUCCUGUCGAGACCGAACCGCUGAAAAAGACAACGAGUCCGCCGGCAACCGGUCAUCGCUUCACACCAAGAUCCGUACCAACCACCACAUCACUUCCCAGCACCACAAUUGUUGUCGACAUCGGAUCGACAACUACACCUCCGAGCGCCACCACUGAAAAGGUUGCGAUUCAUUCCGGAAACAAUCGCGCUAAUGAAGCUGCCGUCGCGACAAGCAGUUCACCAAAGGCCGAUCAGAAGAAAUUGAAAGAAAUACCUGAAAUUCGUCGACACGAAACUUCGUAUGAACAAUCACGGAGACGCAGUCCAAUACGGCCACAGAACCGAAGGCGCCCGAGCGCUCGAGAAGAGGAAUUCGAUCCGGGUGAAGCCGAUUUUGUAGACACGGACUUUGGUGAAAGUUCAGCGGAGAGGGAAACUUAUACAAGGCGGCGCCCCUAUUUCCGUGCUGAGAGGUAUGGGCAAAUCACAAGGCGCUAUCAUCCGGAAAGGGUGAAUCGCCAGCGACAUCGGCAUGAGUAUACAGAUUACGACGAUGACGAGCAGGAUAGCUACGAUGAUUAUGUGCCCCCUUCUAGGAGGCAAGCCGCGCUCAGAAAGGAUAAUUACGAUGAUAUGGAGGAUGAUUUCGCCCCACCGCCGCCAGCCCUGCGCUACGGCAGAUCCCGACAUGCACAAAUUCCACUAGGAUACGGGGUGCAUUCGCCGAAAGAGCCCCGACUUCGAGCAAGUCAUAUAUCAAGUCUGCCGGUUGAUGGUCUGGAUAGACGGAGCAUGCCCUUGCCAUUUUUGCCCUCGGUCCCCGUCUACAAUCCACCCCCACAGCCAAUCAUUCCGCCACAGUAUCCGCUUGCCACUCUCGUCACACCCCGUCCGCCAAAUGCCGCCGGAACUGCCUUCCCGUCACAUUCCACCACCCUCACUCCGGUUCAAUACCCCGCCCCUCUGCCGGUAGCGCCUAUGCCACCUGCCGUGCGUUUUGAAGAAGCUACCCCGGAGACGUGCCAGUUGAUGAAGAAACUAGCCGGGGACUACGGGAUCACGGACAUUCCGGGAUUUGCGCGAAACAAUUGUUUGAUGCUGCAAGGAAUGGUUGGUGGGGGGCUGUCGUGCGAACAGAUCGAGCACUUCAUCGCUAGCUGCAAUCGACGGAAGUUUUUC